AGACUGUUACGAGACGCCAAAUGAUGCGAUGACAGUUGAAAACAAUUUUCAGUAGUUCAAAAAGUGAAAUUUGCUGACGAGUGGCGAACUGUACAUCGUUUCAAUGGAAUUUCGUGAAUAUGUAUUAAAUGUUAGUUUUGGUUAAAUCACCAUUUUCUGUUAAGACUGAGGAAAUCAACGUUGACAGCUGCAGGAUUGGAGCUUUGCAGCUAUGUCUACUGCAGGAGCUAUAGACAAUGCGAGAGAAUUAAGCUACAUCACACCUUUUAAUACUUCGCCAUUGUUCCCUCUUCUGCUUUUGUCACUGACGUCACAGAGACAUACACCUAGAGUGAAAACUAGAUUCCGUAGUGAAUAUGACUACAUCAUAGUUGGAGCUGGUUCAGCGGGGGCAGUAGUAGCAAGUAGGCUAUCCGAGGUGGCCUGUGUGAGUGUUUUACUACUAGAAGCUGGGAACUCUCCACCGAUUUUGUCGGAAAUUCCUGCGAUUGCCCGAAGUUUUGUCGGGAGUGAUAUUGACUGGAAAUAUCGCACGACACCGCAGAGGAACACGGCAGCUGGACAUAUCAAUAGGCAAGUAACUUGGCCGAGCGGAAAAACUCUAGGAGGAAGCAGUACAAUCAAUGCAAUGCUGUAUCCCCGUGGCAACCGUCAAAAUUACGACGACUGGGCAGCACAGGGAGCAGUUGGUUGGAGCUAUGAGGAAGUUCUCCCAUAUUUCAAGAAACUGGAGGAUUACGUGGAUCCGAUAUACUUUGAAAAUGGUUUUCAUAACAUUGGCGGCCCAGUAACGGCUUCAAAGCCGCUGUUUAAUCCUGUGCAGAAAAUUGCUGGGAUUCAAGCCGCGUUGAAUUUGGGUAAAGGCUUUGUUGAUUCAAAUGGCCCUUAUCAAAGUGGUUUUUUCAACUUUGAUGCAUCUAUAAGAAGAGGUCAACGGUGCAGCACAGCAAAAGCAUAUUUAGUGCCAAGUGAAAAUAGGACAAAUCUUGAUAUUGUAACCAAUGCUCUGGUAACAAAGAUAACAAUCCAAAAUAAACGGGCCACUGGAGUGCAGUUUGACUUCAACGGAAGAACGAGAAGAGUUAGGGCAAGGAGAGAAGUCAUACUUUCCGCGGGAACUACAAACACCGUCCAGUUGCUGAUGCUAUCAGGCAUUGGGCCUUUGUCUGAACUGGCCAAGUUCGAUAUAACUUGCAUUGCGGAUUUACCAGUGGGUCUCAACAUGCAAGAUCAUAUCGUUUCCUUUCUCGGUUAUGAGCUUGACGAUAGUUUGAGGAGGCUUCAACAGUCUACUGAAGACGACCAAAACAUCUCGAACUAUAUCAACAAACGAGAAGGUCCUUUGACUUCUGCAGAAGGUUUUUUACUAAUGUCUUUCUUACGAAAAAACAACGCAGAGCCGAGAUUCGACACACCAGAUUUCUCUGCUUAUUUGAUUGAUCCUUUGGCUAUAACGUUACUUCAACUAAGACUUAAACCAAAUGUGUUAUUGCAAUACUUCGGCCCUUAUGUAAACAAGACAACAAUACUCUGCGCUUCGCAGAUUCUACACCCGAUAAGCACUGGCACAGUAACUAUCAGAUCCAGAAAUCCACGAGCACCUGUUGUUAUAGAUCCUAACUAUUUCGCAGAUUUUCGUGAUCUGGAUGAUGUCGUCCAAGGUUUAAAGUUUUGCAACAGAUUCAUGGCUGAUCCAGCAAUGAAACGCAUUGGUGCCAGACCCUUCACAUCAAUAAUACCUGGCUGUGAGCCCUACGUAAAUGACGAAGAUCUCUACGUUCGAUGUGCCGUAAGAACAUUUACCAUUACUGCUAAUCAUCAAGUCGGGACGGCCAAGAUGGGAGAUCCAAAUGACCCUUCAACAGUUGUCGAUCCUCAAUUAAGGGUGAAAACGAUACGAGGACUCAGAGUUGUAGAUGCAUCUGUCAUGCCCACAAUACCAUGGGCUAAUACGAAUGCUCCAACAAUAAUGGUGGCAGAGAAAGCUUCUGACAUGAUAAAAAGCACUAUCAGUUGUAGAUAUAGCGAAUUGCGUUAGAAUUGCAAUUUAUCUGUAUGGUUUGGAAGGUGUAGCACAAAGAGUUCAAGAGAGAGCAUAAAAAGACAUUCACAUAUUUUUCAGUUGCAGAAAUAUUUGAAAAUUCCACAAUAUUAUAAUUCCAUUUUUUAAUCGUAACUUGCUCUAAAGAUACUAUAUUGUUUUGAAUAAUUUUACUGUGUAGAAAUACUCUUUUUAUUCAAAAAUAAAUGUUAAAUGUUUUUCAGCGAA